GAUGACCCGGACAUUUGGUCUUUUGUUGACCUAACUAAGAACAUGGAGAAAUUUGGAAAUGCAGUUUCUUCCGAUUCUCCGGUUGGUACGGGCCUAUAUCUUGAUGGAUCCGGAGGCACAUACGUCAAGAUCAAAGAACACAACAAGAACUGUUUGAAACAUCCGUCGAGCUGUGACAUAUCCGUAGGGUUCUAUAUCAAGAUAUAUCCCAAAUCUGGUAGCCAACUCAUCUUUGGCAACCAUAAGACGCCGAAUAAUAGAACAAUAAUUUACAAAGGUGUAAAUAUAUUUUACGAUUAUAAUAGAAUUUACAUGUAUGUUUAUGGCCAAGAAAAGUACUGUCGAAUUUCAUUUCACCCACCCCUUGGAGUGUGGUUUUACCUUGGCUUGGUGUGGGAGAAGGCUGGCAAACUUGCCACGAAAGUCGAUUCGUGGUUUACUUACAGAGACAAAAGAAACUGCGGCGAUAGCCCAGAUGGAUUGCUGACAAAUGAAGACUACUUUUUAGGCAAAGAAACAUUUCCCAUUGCUUAUUACAGGGAUUUGACCAUUUGGUAUUCAAAGCAGUCAUCGAGUGUUCUACAAGAGAAAUGGGCAGUUGCCUUUCGUAAGUAUUUACCGCCAAGAAAAUGCUCUUUUGAGGUUUACAAGAUCGAUAACGAUUAUAAACACAACCUUUGCAAAUUCGCAAAAUUUUGAUGUUUAAGGUAUUCCUUACUACUAUGUUGUUCCCUUAACUUACUUUCUACGUCAGUAGCACUUUUUUUUUCUCUCUGAAUGUUAAACAUAUAUAACCGAGGAUGCAAUUCGCGAAGUGCCCAGCUGUUGCAAUACCUUCUUCUGAAAUCAUUUACCUGCGCGGCAACGUCGUCCCGACCUCGUCCGUUAUAAAAUGGGCUGAGGAAAGCCCUGGGUACUAGGUUGGCUGCAGAGCCCAGAGCAAAUUAGGAGCUAAAGCGAACUGGAGACGAGACAGCAACAAAUUCUCCCCUUCCCCCCCCCCCCCCCCUCCCCCUACAAUGAGUCCGCUGACACUGUGGGCUUUUCAAACGUGAUUGCAUUUGUUACAGCUACUUUUAGUGGCAAAGGCAUAUCAAUUGAGUACAUUAUUUAGUAGGUAAAACUAUAACUGACUGCUUUCAGCUGGGAGAACUAACCAGGAAACGGUUGUAUUGUUUUGCCUUCUGUCUACAGAUACUAGUAUUAACACACAUAUUCGCUUGAAAAUUAACUUCACGGAUUUGGCCUAUGAUUCUGCAAGUGUUGUGCAGUGGGAGAAUGACUUCACCGUAGAAGUAAGAUGUAACUUAAUCAUUCUACCCCAUAUAUAUCCGCAACUGUUGUCCUUGAAUUUCAGUGUGGAACAAAAGGUAGCAACUACAUAUAUAAGCUUACAGUUGCAAUUGAGUUUAGCUAACUAACAUAAUGGAAGAGGUAAAGUAGGUAAAAAGCGCAUACGAGUCACAUGGUGACAUAAUGCCACGCUCUUUUGAAGCAAAGAAACGCGUUUUUCGACAUCAAAAAUACAUUAGGCUACUAAACCAGUAAAAUCUCUGAUUACAACAUACUUUAAAGACCAAGUAUCCGCAGUGUUUAUUUUCAGUAAAGGUUUGUUAAUCUCAAUUUUCUGUGUGAAUCCAGCUGUAAGGAAAAAUAAGGCCAAGCGGCAAAACCCCCAGUUGGCUGCAUGGUAGGAGUGUGAGAUCUCUUGAACGCCUGAAUGUUGUUCUUUUACCUUCAGUUGCCUUGAAGUUAUGAUUAUAUCAAAACGCAGUCCAUUGGAUUCAUGCAUUUUUUUUUUUACAUUACAGGUGCAAACGUUAUUCAAUGACAGUGCAGAGUUCAGGGAAAUUGAUGCAGUGUCGGUCUCAGACAGGUAAAUUGAUACUUAGUCUACGUAUUUUUAAUUGCAUUAUAUUAAGUAAUACAAUGACAAAGGCUUUUUCCAUCCCUCAGCCUCCACUCAGUAGCUUUUGGUCAUUUGUAUCAUUCUAGCGGAGCUCGUAAGAAUACUAUACCUAUACUAUAGUAGAAAUACGUAUCUCGCAAACCCUCGCCUUUAUAAUGCUCUCUCGUCCUGCAGGGACAACAGAGCGGACUGGGCGGCCAGGCGACUAGCUCGGUAGGGUCCGCCUGAAUUAAUGAAUGAAUGCAUUUUGACGUUUUUUUCCAUAAAACUAUUCAAGUUCUUUUCGAUUUGAAGUUAAGAGAUCGUAAGUGAAAGUAACCAAUAUAUUAUAGCUAUGCCUCUUAAUCUUAAAAGCGAAUUACAAAAUGGUCUCAUUUACUUAUUUUCCAGUGGUGGCAAUGCUUCGGUAUCGUUUGAGUUAAAGUUUACGAGCAUAUCAUGGCAAACAAUGCUUGCGCUUCAGUUAGCUUUGGAGAACGGCACAUUUCUUGGAUCACAUGGCGUAUUUGACGAAGCCGAUUGUAGUAGCCUGAAUGAUAUCAUCUGUAAGUUGGAAUUAGAUCUAAAUUGGUCAAGAGAUUACAAAUCAAAUGCGUUUUCUUUAAACUGAAUGUAUAUAUUCCAUUAUUUUCAGUUUUUUGUCAGGUGCCAAAGAACCCACGCGCAUGGAAAAUAACAUACAAGCAUGUCUACGUUCUCAUGGAGCCAGUUAUCCAGGAAGAACAUGAGGGGUAUUUUUAUGCCUACCGACUCUUGUACAAAAAUCUCGAUAAUCCCACAUCAUCGUGGCAGUUUUCCAUCUACCGACAAAACGUUGGAUCUAUACUCCCAGUUGCUCAUCCGCUAGCUCCUUACACCAAUUACAGCUUUCGCGUUAUGGCGUCAUCUUUUCAGUCGGAAGGCCUCGUUUCAGAAGCUUUCCAAGCCAGGACUUAUCAGUGGGGUAUGUAUAAUUGAUUUUAGUAAAAUCCAACUAGUGGUCUAUUAUCAAUGCUGCGUUCUGAUUAGUUGAGCUAUUACUAGGCUAUAUGUUAUAGCCCACUAGUAGCGAAAAGCGCGGGCUUUUUGGUAGCAAAAAAGGAUUAAAGUCUAGUUUUUUUUAUUCUCGAUAUUUUUGACCAACUAGUUGGAUUUUACUAAAACAAUUAUUCCUCUCGCCCUCAUGGCCUCUGAGUCAAUAGCCCAUUCUGCCUUCGGUUUCAUGGGCUAAAGACUCAGAGCCCAUUUGGGCUCCAGGAAUAAUUGUUAAUAUAGUUCAUACUCAUAUAACUGAGUUCCUUCUUUCAUGGAAGUCGGGACCAAAUCAUGGUUCGAAGGCACUAAGGGUGGUUCUCUCUCAUUGCUUGAUUGACAGACUAAUGUUUCCUGGCAGUCUAGUCCCUAGGCGUUUCCGGCUCGGUAAACCCUAGACUCUACCGUGAGCUGUGACGUCACCAAGAGAGACUCGCCGACUCGUUCCCUCGCUCAGCCUUUCCCAGACUUCUUUAAAGUGUCCCCGCACGCCCCGCACUUUAAAACGCGCUCUCCGCACACAACACAUAUGCAUACGUUGCAGUAGUUGUUUGUUACAAUGCCACGCCGUCACAUGACCAAUUAACAAAUCUCGUUUUUUUACAACUCACAGUUCCCUCUGUUGGUCCAGAAAUUGUCGCUUACUACAACACAAGCCCCUCUACAUUCUACGUACAAUGGAACCAUACCAUCCCAAACAGUAAAGUCAACGGUAUUCUGAUUGGCUACCGAGUUUCGUGGGAUGAUAGUGUUGCUGACCAUCCUCAAAAAAUUAAAGCACAUAAAGAUUUCGGGCUGGAAGCUACAAAUUACACUAUUAUGAACCUUCAUGAACACUGGCGUUACGAAAUCGGCGUUGCUGGAAGGACGGCUGUAGGACCAGGGGAAUUUACAGGAAGAAUAAUCACGACUCCUGAUGAUGGUAAGAAAUCCAUUUCUCAUUUUAACUUUAUUUUAAUAGGGUGGCCCAUUCAGCGCGACGACUGGUGUCCAUAGAAAGCCUUUCUUUCCAUAGGGGCCUCCGCAAAGAAUAAGGCUCCGCCUUGAGUCAACCUCCACAAUAAUACUUUAUCGUUUGAAAACGCAUAUAUUUGUAUCCGUUUUGGUCUUGAGUCGACGUUAAAAUGAUCAAAAUCUUAAGUAUGAGGUAAUUUUGUUCCGGCCAUGCAGAGAAUGUAUUUCCUUCAACUCUAACCAAAAGCACAGAAAAGCAAAUUGAUGGUUCCUAUACUAGUAGAAUGAUUCGUACAGCACUAAACUUUUCUUGGAGGGACCACUUGACAAAUGAAGAUCUGUACGGUCACCUCCCAAAAGUUUCUAUCAAGAUCAGGGAAAGACCAAUGAGCGCAGCUGGGCAUUGUGUUAGACACAAAGAGAAGGAGACAUCGAAGGUUAUGUUGUGGCAGCUACAACACGGACAAACUAAGAGAGGAAGAGCUAGAACCACGUACAUACGCACUUUGCUUGAAGACACCGGGUUGGCCACUAUUAGAGAACUCAGAACGGUAAUGCUACACCAAAGUGACUGGCGAGGGAGAAUCCAUGUUGUCCGAGCUAGCGCUAGCGCUCAAUUCUAAAUCUAUAUAAUCGUGUUUAUACGUAUCCUCAGGGUUUAUUGUACAUUUAGAGGUUUGUUUCUUUAAAAUCUCAAUGGUAACGUUGCUUUUUCACGAUCACAGGAAGAUUUGUUGGCAUUCAAGAAACUCAAGAACCACGUUACUUAUUUAAGUACACGGGCUAAGCGUGCUUUCUACUCAGACUUUGUGAACGACAAUAGUGAAAACCAAGGAAAGCUAUUCAGGGCCACUCGAUCAUUGUUACUUCCUAGGAAUGAGUUGUGUUUUCCAGAAUACACGGACAACUCAAUCUUAGCCAACGAUAUCGGGCGGUUUUUCGACCGUAAGAUUGCAAAGAUUCGGGCAGAGCUUGAUGCGUGUACUCUUCAUCCUGGGGCGGUGGCUGAGGAUAAAGUGUUUACAGGCGAUAGGAAACUUGAUCAUUUCAAUACGUAUUCUGUGGAAGAUAUAAGGAAGCUGGUCAGUAGAUCAUCGAAGAAAAGCUGUCAACUUGAUCCUAUGCCGACCAAUUUAGUAGUCGGCAUGUCCGAUAUGCUUCUCCCCAUCAUCACUAAUGUCGUGAAUUCUUCACUUUCCUUGGGACACUUUCCAUCUGAUUGGAAAACGGCCCUUGUGGAUCCAAGACUGAAGAAGACCAAGCAAGGGACUUCCUUAUCCAAUUUAAGACCUGUGAGUAAUCUGCAAUACCUCUCUAAAUUGGUUGAAAGGGCAGUUUAUGAUCAGACAACCGAUCACGUUACUCAGUCGGGUUUGUAUCCCAUCCUCCAGUCAGCCUAUCGACUUGGUCAUAGCACAGAGACUGCCCUAUUGAAGAUACAGAAUGACAUACUAGCUGCAAUGGACAAUCAACGAGUUACUCUUUUGGUAUUGCUAGACCUGAGUGCAGCAUUUGACACGAUUGACCACCAAGUGUUGUUGAAUCGCCUGUGCGUGACGUAUGGAAUUACAGGUACCGCUCUUAAAUGGUUUCACUCGUAUUUAUCAAACAGGAAACAGCGAAUCCUGAUUAACGGGAGCUAUUCGAGUGACUUUGAUCUGCCUCAAGGGGUACCUCAAGGAUCAUGUCUUGGUCCCUUGCUCUUCACGUUGUACGCAAGUAAGCUCUUCGAUGUUGUUGAAUCCCAUCUCCCUAACGUUCACGCAUACGCUGAUGAUACGCAGCUCUAUAUCUCAUUUAAGCCGGAUGGUUCUGCUACUGAGACGGAUGCUGUUGACGCUCUACAAGCUUGCAUCAGGGACAUAAGAACCUGGAUGGUCCAAGACAAACUUCGGCUGAACGAUGCUAAGACCGAGUUUCUUAUUAUAGGUACACGCGCACAGUUAAAUAAGGUUAUGAUAAGUGACUUGCAAGUAGGUGAGGUAAAGGUUUCUGCGGUUUACUCUGUUAGAAACCUGGGUGCUUGGUUUGAUGCAAACAUGAAUAUGACCACACAUAUUAACAGCAUAUGUCAGAAUAUUUAUUACCAUCUACAUAACAUCCGGCGUAUUAGAAAGUAUUUAUCAUAUGAUAAUAGGAAGUCCAUUGUACAGGCUAUUAUAAUGUCACGAUUAGACUAUUGUAACGGUCUAUUAUAUGGUACGCCCGCUGUUCAUCUUGGUAAGCUGCAACGCCUGCAGAACGCGGCAGCUCGGCUGGUAUGUACUAUAUCUAGGUAUGAUCCUAUCACACCAUCCCUGAUCAACCUGCACUGGCUUCCGGUUACCCACAGAAUAGAAUUCAAGAUAGCAAUGCUAGUUCACAAAUGUAUCUACGGCGUCGCACCACAAUAUCUUUUAGACUUGAUAAAAAUCAAAGAGAGCUCGCGGUAUCAGUUGAGAUCAUACCGGGGCAUACUCCUAAUGGACAAUACCUAUAGAACAAAAAAGACACUCGGGGAUAGGGCGUUUGAAAAUGCUGCGCCCAAAGUAUGGAAUCGACUCCCUCUAGAAAUUAGACAAUGUCAAUCAUUGAACAUUUUUAAAGUUUUACUAAAGACACAUCUUUUUAAAUUAGCUUUUUAUUAGUUCUUUUAUUAACUCAUAUUUUACUUUUAUUGUUUUCCGAAAAUUGUAAAUUAUUAUUAUUAUUAUCAUUAUUUGGACUAGCCAUUUAUUCCUUUAAGAUUUUAGUGUUGUAAUGCGCACUCGAUCAUAUCUUUAUCGCAUGCUAGACUGCGCAAUAUAAGAAAUAAACAUUAUUAUUAUUAUUAUUAUUAUUUUUUACCCUAGCGUAAAUCCUCUUUUAAGCCCCCCUCUCAAAUAAGCCCCCUCUCUCUAAUAAGCUCCCCCUUUUCAGGGGAAGAAAGUUAAUAAGCCCCCCUCUCUUUUAAGAUCCCCUCCCCUCCCCCUUAUUAUUCUUCACCAAUAAUUGAUAGACUGUAUCAAUCACUUACUACUGUAAAACUUCAAGUGGACUGAUCGGGGAUGAUUUAUUUACCAACUGGAAGUUCGAAUUUCUUUUUGAUCCUCGGCUGCAUGACCUCCAAUUUCUUGUACUUGAGCUUUUCCACCUUGUCUUCUAGUUCUUUAUAAGGAACUGAUAUCAUCGUCUUUCCUAGAUUAAAUAAGCCCUUCCCUCUAAAAAAUAAGCCCCCCGUCUCUAUUAAGCCCCCCCCCCUCAAAUGUGUUUGAAAUAAAUAAGCCUCCGGGGGGCAUAAUGGAAGAUUUACGGUAUAUACAUGACGACAUUUUCCUUUCUCCAGCGCCCUCGGCUCCACCGGCCGUUAUCACCCUUGACAUGCACAAUUCUAGUGCCUUACUGGCUACCUGGAAGGAUGUUCCGUUAAUUCAUCAAAAUGGAAUCAUUCUUGGCUACCAGAUUCAAUUACAGCAGGAAGAAGGCGGCCCAAUUGUGUGGAAUGUAACCCUUGGACCGAAUGAUAUUUCAUUUAGUUUUACAGACCUUGCCAUUUUUCAGAAUUACUCACUACAGGUAAAAAUAAGCGAGCUAGGUAUUUGUGAACAUACCGUAAAAUUCCGAAAAUAAGCCCCUCCACGUAUAAGCCCCUCCAAAUAUAAGCCCCCCAAACCUGUAACGCAAAAAUAUAAGCCUCCCCGGGGCUUGUACUUAGAAAAUUGCCCUCAAAUACAAAGUAAAAAAAGCAAAAACAGUAAAUUUACUUCCAACUAUAAGGCUAGCCCAAUCUAUUUUGAAACGCAAGUUUCCCUCCAUAGAUAAGCCCCUCCGAAUAUAAACCCCUCCAAAAAUAAGCCCCUCAAAAAGGGCCUUUGAAAAAUAAAAGCCCCGGAGCUUAUUUUCGGAAUUUUACGGUAUGGUUGGAUUUAAAAUCAACUGUUCAAUAAGUUCCCCUUUGUUGUUGAGGCCUCUUAUCAGGACAGCCAUCUUUUCUUGUGUCACCUUCAUUUCAGGUCAUGGCGUACAAUAGAAAAGGAGCCGGUCCAUACAAUGACAAGGUCUAUCAGAUGACGGAUGGAGCUGGUCAGUGAAUGAAAUAAACUCAGUGAUCAAUGUUUAGAUAAUUUGCCCAGUACACUCAUGGCUUAUUUAGGACCUUGGGGACUGGUGCCGACUUUUUUAAAGUUUGUUUCAAUUUGUCUGAAGUGUGACUGAGCAAUCAUCUAUUUUGUAAUACGAGGAUAUUAUUUUUACUAUAAUAGGCGUUUCUUUUAUGACUUUUUAGUUUAAAGCAAAUAGUCAAUGAAUAUGGACAAAAUAAUUGAAGAUACCCUUUUAGACGUUUUGCUUUUUUAAAAUUUUUUUAUAGCCAUGUUUCGGUGCAUAUUUCUCUCUAUCGUUUUUGAGUGGUCCCUUUCGAGAAGCUACUCCAUCGUUUAUAUAUUCUCUGAUAAAUUUCACUUUGUUACUAAUUCUUUCAGUGCCUAUAAAUUCUCCUACAAAUCUAAGAGCGCACAACAUAAGCGCAACUGCCAUCCAAAUACAAUGGGAUUAUGAUGACGAUCCCCGGUUGGUGUUAGGCGAUCUGUCAGGUUUUACACUGUACCUACAUGAGGCCAACGCUGACGAUGCGUUCACGAGUAACGGGCAACUACUGACGUAUGUCAGGGGUAUAAAUAGAUCCACUCUGAUCGACGGACUGGAGAUUUUCCGGUUGUAUAACGUUUCCAUCGCAGCUCGAACAAAUAAAGGCGAAGGACCUAUUAACGAGUCCGUGAUUGUCAGGACACAUGGUAAAGGUGUGUAUUUGCUUGUCAAGAUUUUAACUUCCUUCUCUACUUGUUUGAUUGUCCACAAUAAGCAAUAAAAUUAACAAAGCGUUCAUAGGUUAUGUACCUUUUGGUCUGCACCUUAAUGAAGGUGUGCUCAAAGCGGUGUAUGUUAUUAAGACUUCCUGUUGCCACUGCGAUUGUAUACAAUAUGCGCUACGUAAAGAGACUAAAAUUGACCAACCACAGAACGAGAAGCGACUCAGCCAAAAACGUAUUUGGCCUUAUAUAUUAUUGGUCCGCCUGUAAUUUGAGGUCCCGAGAUCGAUUUGUUACCCAUGCAUAAAUCAGACAGUUUUGAUUUUAUGAACCUGGAUAACAAUUGAUAAGAAGGCAGCAAUUAUUAAGGUAAAAGUAUCAACUGCUUGGAAGAAUAUGCUGUUAUCACUUAAUAUUGCCUGGUGUAGGAUAGUGAACACCCUUGAUUCGAAAAUGUCUUAACUUAUUAACAACUUAUGACUUGUUUUGCGACAUUCCACAGCACCAGGAGCCUCCCCUCAGUCCCUUGCCGUCCAAAACAUUAGUUCCUUCAGCUUAUACUUACUUUGGCGAGAAGUAAUGUCCGAAUACCGUUAUGGAAUCAUGCGUGGUUACAAACUGUCAAUCUAUAAGAGGACAUCGGAAGGUUUUAAAAGCUGGGAAAAUCGAACUAAUGGACUGUUCUCUCCAAAAGCAAAUCUCACUGGACUCAUGCCUUUUACAACCUAUAAGGUGGAGGUUUUAGGGUUUAACGACUUUGGUGACGGUCCAUCGACUGCUGUGGAGGUUAUGACUGACGAAUCACGUAAGUGCAUCUUAUUGUCUUUGCUUUACAAUUCCAGUAAAAAUUGCACCUGUUUUAUAUUGCAGUGGCAAUCCAUUUAUUUCUGGAGUGUUUCGGUUGAAGGCUUGUCUGACCAACUUACGAGUAAGUGAAAGACGGACUGACUGACCUGACUGACAAAGAAAUUGUUCUCACUGUAUUCUUAAUUGCUUGACGUUUCAACGUGUCCAGGCCCCGGUCGUUAAAACGUUGGACAGGGAUAACCAGCGGAUAAAUCACAAUCCAGCGGAUAAGUGUUAGGGAAAACGAUUGCAUUUUCCAUUUGUUAGAGAUUUAUAUCCACCUUUUGUUACAACUUGGGCCAGAUCUUUACUUCGUUUCCACUUUCCAGACCCUUCCCAGCCUCCGAGUAACUUCACAGCUUCCAAUGAAAGUUCUACAGCGGUGCGUCUGGUCUGGAAGCAAGUUCCCGAAUGCUGUCGAUUUGGAAUCAUCUUGGGCUAUCACAUAACCCUGACCGACCCAUACAACGCCUCUGUGAUUGCAAGGAAAACUACUGCCAUUCUGACAGGGAACUUUUUAGGUCUUAAAAAGUUCCAUAAGUACGAUUUAACCGUCGAGGCCUUUAACAGCAUAGGUACCAGUCCGAAGGCCUUUACGUCGGCUUUUACAGAUCAGGAUGGUAAACUUAUUUUCCAUCUCUUUUGCUUACCUAUUAGUUCAGUGGACGCUCACUUCUCAAACUCAUUACUAUUUCAUAAAGAAUAUACAAAGGAAAUUAAUGUUUGAGUUGUUGGAAAUUAGAUGAAAAACUGCUCAUUUUUGCAUCUUAAUUUCCCCUUCUAAAAUCAUAUUGUUUGAGAAGUAAUAUCAAGCAUUCGACACAGUGUUUCAUCACCAGAUGAAACACCUCGAAGUUCGUCAAAAAUACUCCGUUGCGCGUCGUAUUUUCAACUCUCUUCUGAGUGUUUCAUCUGGUGAUGAAACACUGCGUCUCAUGGUUGAUAUAUUUCUUCAGAUAUUACUCAGCUUUUUACUCAUAUAGCUAUGGGUUAAUCAUAAAUCUCUCUAAAGGCAUUAUUCGAUCACUGAUUUUCGUUCAAACUAAUUUCCUGUGCGCAGCUAUUGCGGUACUUUGCCAUUCUUUUUCAGUAAACCUAACUCGGUUACUGUGAAAUAUCACAAGCCGAGUGAAAAAGAGUAAAACAUCCGUGGCUUAAGUGGGGAGGCGCGUAUAAAUAUUUUCAGUGUUUAACCUCGAUCGCCAGAUUUCUCUCUUAACUCUUCUUAACAACUCUGGGAGGGGGAAGGGGGAGAGUACAAACCACGCGGAAAACUUCUCGAACUUGAUAUUUAUACCGACAACCGGACACUGGACAUAGUUUUGAGCAGACACUUGUUUUCAGAAAUAAAAAACUUGCUUAAAGAUACUGUUACUGAUUGUUUGUUUCAGUCCCAGAGGCUCCUCCACAGAAUAUCAGUGGUUAUAACAUCAGCAAAUCAGAAAUUCUGGUAUCCUGGGAACCGGUUCCCAAAGACAAAGUAAACGGUAUCGUUAUCGCAUACAAUGUGACCUACAGUAAGAUCGGAGGGGGUCCCCACUCGGGAUGCAAAAUCUUCAAUGGAUCUCGUUCUUAUGGUGUAAUAGAUGGAUUACUACCUUUCACGGUGUACUCAUUGAAUGUGAGCGCUUCUACUGUCAAAGGACAAGGUCCAGCUAGUCCAGCUAUUACUGUCAAGACAGAGGAAGAAGGUAGAUGGUUUUUAAUGUCUCUGUUAAGAGACAGGGUCAGGAAUGAAUCCCCAAACUCUUUACCUGUAUCUCUCUCCACUUGCUGUCACUGCGUUAAAAUGAUACGCGAUUCGUUUCUUCGUUUUGUACAGGACGCGCAUUAGUUUUGUUGGAUUCGUUCGUUUAGGAUGUUAAAACUUAUCUAGCUGAUAAGGAAAAGAUUUCGUAAAUGAGACAACUUUCUUAUUAAGCAAACAUAAAUCUGUUAAAUAUAACAUGUUUUGNUUCGUUUUGUACAGGACGCGCAUUAGUUUUGUUGGAUUCGUUCGUUUAGGAUGUUAAAACUUAUCUAGCUGAUAAGGAAAAGAUUUCGUAAAUGAGACAACUUUCUUAUUAAGCAAACAUAAAUCUGUUAAAUAUAACAUGUUUUGUGUCUAGACAUACUCCCAUUAACUUCGUGUCACCUCUUUCGCCAAAGUUCCAUCUUCCUUGGUUUGCCACGAAGGGUUAGUGGGUUUAACCAAGCUUCUCUAUGUGUUAGUUGGGGACAGCAAAGUUAAAAGGAAAAACAUUCCCGGAGAUACCAUUGAUGCCUGGGCCAUUUCAAUUGGGGUUUUUCCUUGAAUGCUGGUUAUUUGCAGUAUAUAACCUGGUUUUUACGAAAGUUACUUCACUAAAGUAACCAUAUCCUUAAAUUUGUCACCGAGAAGGUGUUUCCAAAACUCAGAGCAAAAAUAAAGAAAACAAGACAAAUAUUGGGUCCAAAUCACUCGUACUUCAUCAGCGUUGUGAACCCGUCAAUUCACAACGCUGAUGAGAUGAAGUCCGAGUGAUUUGAACGUAAUAUUUGUUUCGUUUUCUCAAUUUUUGCCUUUAGUUUUGUAGUUUUCUGUACUAAACGUAAAUUCAUCGUUUGCUUCAGCCCCUCAGGUUUCACCCGCGCGAUUUACAGGCUUCAACACAAGUUCGACAUCUAUUGGAUUAAGCUGGGAUCCAAUCCCCCAGGAACAGGUGGCAGGAGUCCUGACCAAUUUUUACAUCACUUAUCGCCAGUUAAACACCGCUGACAAUACUACACACAUUCUCGCUGUACCCAUAACCAACCUCUCAUUUGAAUUAACCAAUCUCCGGAAAUACACGAACUACAGCAUGCAGGUUAAAGGAGCCACGAAGUUUAUUGGAAAACCUACUGAACCUAUCAUUAUUACAACGGAUGAGGACAGUAAGAAACUUUUUUUGCCGUUUGUUACAUUGAUCAUUUGUCAGCGCCGUAGAAUUUCGAUCUACGGGUCUGUUGAUUUAAACUGGGUUCACGAAACGGUUUUUAAAUGGGCCCUUUACAAGUAAUAUGGUUAUUUACACCGCCUUGAGAACCGAUGAGAACGUAAAUCGAAGUAGUUUUGCACUACAGUUACCAUUUGAAAGUGGAUUUUUGUUUACUUCCACUUUAUGAAGACAAAGGCGCUAGAUGUUACUGUUGCAGGUGUUUAAGGCACAAUCUUGGAAGGGAGUACUUAAAUACGAACCAACAUAAGUUUUUUUUUUGUCCUUGAUUGUAGCAAUAGUUAAUUAACAAAGUAUCAACAGUUUAAAAUUAACUAAGUUUUAUUGACGUAUUUUCAUGAUUUUUUUAUUGAAGUUCCUUUUCUUAGUUCCUAGCCUUCCGCCUCAAAAUAUUAAGAUUCGAAACUCCAGCUCCACGAGCAUUUUCGCCCACUGGAAGUCAAUUCCCAAAGAUUCUGUUCACGGCAUAUUACUGGGGAUUAAACUUGUAUACCAGUCCGCGCCCAGAGACAACAGCAUAGUGUUCAGGUCCCGCUCGAGGCGUUCAAUAGAAGAGGGCUGGUCCGAGUUCACUAACAUCACUUUACCUCCAAACGCACUGUCUUAUGAGCUGACGUCAUUAAAAAAAUUUACAAACUACAGCGUUUUCAUUGUUGGUUUUACCGUUAAAGGAGAUGGAAAUGUCAGUCAGCAGUUUGUUCUAUCUACAGAUGAAGACGGUAGGCAGGAGUUUUAAUUUUCUUUAUAAGUGGCGAGAUUGACGAAGUUUUAGGAUAAGAUGUAUACUAGGUAUUGUUUUUCAGCGGUGGCCUACUUGUCGGAGACAAAUCUAAGGUGUCUUUUCUUAAUUAAGUUAAACCCUGUCCACAUCGUCCAUACUACAACGUUCACACUACAACUAUAAGAAAGGGAGGCUUCGAAAACCGCGCUCUCGGAGGAGGAGACUUUUGAAAAGGAGUCUAUAGUUUAGUGUGCCGGGACAGGCAAAUGAGCAUCAGAAGCCCUCGGGACAAAUUCGUGCAUUCGUCGCCGACCUGUUAAUUGAUUUCCUGCAUGGUCAUCUUCCGCGCGACAUUUCUUUGCACUUAAAGGUGCUGUAAUUCAGUUCAACACUAACCCUUGUUCUGUUUCUAGUUCCAAGCAAGCCACCUACAGCGCUUGUUCCUAUAUCGCGCAGCGGAGACUUUCAGAUGAACGUAUCCUGGGGACCGGUGCCAGAUGGGUUUGUUCAUGGUGUUUUGCGAGGCUACCGACUCUAUUUCAAGAAAACACGAGAAACGGGGCGUGCAGCCUCCUCAGCGACUCGUGUUAUCACAUUCGGUCCUAAUGAGUACCAUGCGACCAUGACUCUUCUCAAGAACUUCGCCAUGUACAGCUUGGAAAUAACAGCUUUCACUAUCAAAGGAGAAGGACCAAGAACAGAGAUUAAAGAAGGAGGUGGGUCCUCAUGUCAGGCAAUGGCUACAAAAAGCCGUGAAAAUUCCUGCAGCGUUCCGUGAUAAAAGGCUCCAGACAAAUGUUUUUCUUUUAGACCUUAAAAGGUUCAGUUUUAGAUAAACAUAAGUAAUGUCAUCUGACAUAUAUUCUUGUCUUCAACACAUAUACAGCACUCAUAAAACCUGAAUUAAAUAAGCCAUUCCGAGUUGCCUAAAGCCUCUAUUUCAAAGCGUGGCUAAGAGCAAAUCCACUGAUAAGAAACUCAUGUUUUAUUCUCAUCUAAUUAAAACACAUUUUCACAACAAAGGUUUCGCACUUAGCCUUGUUUUGAAAGUGAUUGGAACUCGGAAAUGGUCUUUACUUUGCUAUUUUCUUCGUAAUCACUGUAUAAUUUUGAAACCAAGUCAAAUGGUAAAGGUAAAGGCGCACACGAGCCAAAGGCCCAAACGGGCGGAGCUUAUCCCGGUUUCCUUAGCAUGCAGCAUGCCUAGGAGUAUUGCUACUCCCCCCUGGACGGGAUGCUAGUGCAUCACGGCUAUAGCCCCUAGUAGCAUGUCGCCGUUACCCAAUGGUUGGGGCGAUCUUGCAGCUCUCGGAAGACCCCACGGGACUGGAUUGCAACCGGUUGGGAAAAACAAUAAACAGACAAAGUUAACUGAAGGGAACCUAGCCCGUAAACAGAAGAGCUGCGACCUAUAGGGGUCCAAUUGAAUUAGAGGUUCUGGUGAGCUGAAAGGCUACUGAUCUAUACACCUGGGUGAAGAGAGACAAACUGGAGUAAAGUUCCUUGGCUAAGAAAACAACGCGGACGGGCGAGACUUGAAACGUGGACCUCCAAAUCCGGAGUUCGAGGUGUUAACCGCUGGGCCACUCACGCCUCCACCAAGUCAAAUGCAAGCUAAUAUUAAUUAAUUAAAAUGUUUUUUUUUUUCAUUUUGGUUUGUUCCAGGCACCUGCAAGUGUCCUCGAGUGUUCAAGACAAAUUGGUACUCAUUCUCACCUUAUAUUAAGUUCGAAAAUGGCUCAUUGGGGGGUUUCAUGCCCCAUAUCUUGGAACAUGCAGUGGAACAUUGCUGUAGUGACUGCAAACAGGCCAAUGGGAAAUCGGCAUCUACCAUUGACUUUGACUCCGAUGGAAAAGGCAAUUUGGCCAGGAAAUCUGGUGUCGACGAGUUAAUCCAUAGCAUUGACUCGGAUACUGAUUUCAAUCUGCCUGUAAAUGGUUACCAAGGACAGACGCACUAUUCACUGUAUCGCUACGUCAAGUUAGCCGAGUCACCAGGAGUUGCUUUUAUCACUGUCAUGGAUGAGGAUGCGAAGAUUGUAGCUGUGGCUAAUGUUUUCUUCAAUUGUUGGUCUNCAUGGAUGAGGAUGCGAAGAUUGUAGCUGUGGCUAAUGUUUUCUUCAAUUGUUGGUCUGUGCUCUUGCUCUCCGCCUUUAUGAUGGUGAUGGCCGGUGUUGUUAUGUGGAUCCUGGUAAGUUAACUUGCUAAUAAAGUCGUCUUUCCUCGCUGCCUCUAGGCUCCUAGCGGCGAGGAGCGAAGAGACACAGCUGUAUUCGCAGGCUAAGUGAGCUUGAACAGCAAAGGUUGGGAAAUAUAAUCGGUAAAUAUAAAUCCAAUGAAGCGAUUUCAGUUAGAAUUUAAAAUUAAAUAGAAAGAAAAAUAAGCAAAUGAUAAAUCAAUUUAUUAAUCGACGUUGUUUAGGCAUCACGCAGUUUUAAACAUUUAUGUAUGCUAAAUUAAUCAAGUUUGUCAUUUGAAAUAAAAUGAAGCGCGAGGUCUCAUGGGCAGAAGAACCGCCGUCCUUUGCGUCUGGAUAGAUAUGCGUCCUUCACGAGCUCUGAUUUGAAGUACGUGAUCUGCCUUAACUAAAAGUCCUCUUUUCUAAUGAAGUGGCCAUCUCUUUUGUAAUAGGACACUCGAUCAAACAGAGCUGAAUUUCCCGGUUCAUAUAUUCAAGGCGCUUAUGAGGGAUUUUGGUGGGCAUUUGUUACAUCUACAACAGUGGGGUGAGUCAAACAUUGUAGCGCAGCAGGUAAAAUUAGUAGCAACCCCCGCUAGAGUCAAUUAUAUAUUAUAAUAAUUAUAGAACUGCGACUUUAAAAGAAGAAUGUGGAUAAAUUACUACCGUGUAGCCAAUCUCUUUCGCAGUAAAAGAAAAAAAAAGUGAAUUAAUUUAAGAACCCUUGGAAUGUAAAAUGUUAAAUGUUUGCUCAGCCAUCUUUUCAAGUGUGUCGAUUUUCCAAGAACAUUUCUCCACACCAAGUUUAGUUCUUUUAAACUUUCUCUUUAAGUUUUGCAGUGAUAGAUCUUGAAUGUAUAGUAGCCCUUCAUCAACGUAGCUCUGGAAUACUUUCAUUUGUCAGGGAGCGAACAAUUUUCAUUCUCAAAAGAGGAAAACGAUCAAGAAAGGGCUACCUCUCCCCCCAUUCCUGGUAACAUGACGAAUUCCAGGUUCGAAAUUAAGUGUUAAUCUUUGAGUUCUUUUUUGGGGGUAUCCGAGGUAUCAAUACGUUACAAAAAGAUCAAAAUACUUCUCUUUUUACAUUUAUAUGAAAGGAUCUUUUCUUUGUCAGGGAAAAGUUUUGAUCUUAAUGUAAAUAUAUUUCCAGUUACCAGCGUUUCCACUUUCGAUUCCUAUAAUCUCUUACCCAGAUCUCCCUCUGUCUAACCUUCGCCAGGUAGAUCUGGGUACGAUAUUUCCUCACAAAAAUAACACUUCUCUUUUCAAAGGUACGGAGACAAAUGUCCGCGAGGGGUAGUAGCUCGCUUGUUUGGAAUCACGUGGACAUUGAGUGGUCUAGUUGUUAUGGCCAUUCUUACAGGAACCAUCGCCACAGCUUUAACAGGAUUCGGUGUCGAAGGGCCCUACAUUUCCCUGUAUGGCACCAAGGUUAGUUUUAGUUCUUAGUCGAGGCAAGAUCUGAGCGUGACUACUUCAGAUUUUCAGGAGUUCAGGAAAGAAUUAUCCAGCUCGUUUUUUACUGGCCCCUUUAGGAAUAGGUCAUGACGGCUUUAAGUAAGAAAGCAGAGAAAAAAGAACUUGAAACUUGGCACUCAUAAAAUCCAUGUUUAACUUUAAUUAACUUCAAGAUAAAUCACGUGACAUGCCGUAAUGAUACAUUUUUCCAGAAAAUCACAAACAUUUCACGAUCUCCUGACGGACUAAACGAACCCUUUCCUGCCGUUUUCAGUCAUUUUACUGAAACGCAACUCUCAAUAAAGACAGAUACCUCUCUAUGACGAUAAUUGCGUCUGGUUCCGGGAGAGACUCGACUGCAUCUUCCAUUUCCUUUAAUCUUGCUGUUUUUAUUUUUUUUUCCCAUAAAGCCAUAUUGUUUGCUCUUUUCUUUCCUCCUUUAGGUAGCAGCCAUAGCGAACAACUCUGACUUUCGACUCGGAAUAAGGAAGAAUGCCAAGAUAAGCACAGGUAAAAAUUCACUCGAGAAUAACAACUGUACAUUGUUUUGCCUUUAGGCGCUUUAAGUUCAAUUAUUAAAGCUAUUAAAUAUUUAUUACUCACAGGCGAUACCAUGUUAGUAGCAAUGAUAGACGCAAGGUGACUGUGGUUCACCUUGAAGGGGAAAGCACGAGCAUAGAAAAGCACUUGCUGUUUAUUGCGCUGUGUGAAGUGGAACUAUUCAAAUGAAAACUUGGGAGCGAUAAAGAAUUGUCUAUUCUGGUUCACAAGAUGAAUCCAAAUUUUGUAUUUUGAUGUUGGGGAAAUCGUCUCAAGCUUGCCCGUGUGAAGUUGAGCUCUUGUGUAAUACUUCUGGGCAGGAAAGAUAGUUCAAGAUUUAUAAAACGGUUUUUAAUUAUUUCCAAGAGCAUAGCUACAAGACUUACGAGGAGAUCAGCCAAGCUCUGGCGAACAGAAAGGUGAAAGGCGCCUUGGUGGACCUUUAUGUACUGUCCUCUCACAAGCAUCUGUUUGAGGACCCCCGAUUUAGGAUUGUCCGUAUUUACGACUACAAGGCCAGUUAUGGAGUGGUCCUUACUGGUCAUUCCAUGAAGCUCGAGGAGUGUUUUACAGAGCAUAUAAAGGGCGAUUCUGCCGAAGUCUAUGAGAGCAUUGAGGAAAAUAUUAAGAUACUUAAGGUAUGUAACAUAAACAACACUAGGCCCCUCUUAAUUUACAGCUACGUCACCAUAAAAGAAAUAAAUCAGGGCCCUCUCAACUUACAGCUACGUGAUGGCAUGGACUGAGCUGCGAGCUACAAAAAUACAACAUUGUUGACAACAUAAAGUAACUUGAUAGUGAUAAAUAACAAGGCUGUCUUCCUGAGGGCAGAGGGGGCCUGUGGUACACCAACAAUAAUCUAUAGUUUAAAACACGAAAGUAACUGCUUAAUACGAAGACUUAAGGAUGCCCCUUCGAUGCCUAUUUAACUGGGUUGCGUGGUAUUUACAAGAGAAGCGGAAGUAGAGUGCCCCGGGGAUCGCCCGAACGUCCCAUUUGCGUUGCGCUUUCGUACUAAUCCCCACAACUAACCGGGGACAAGUUAUUGGUGCGCUUUUACGCGGACCUGGGAUUAAAAUUAAUGUCCCAAGAUUUUUUGUUUACUCCUCACUGUUGAAUUUCUUCUAGGAGCCACCCGACAGUCCAGCCGAACAGCAAUCCACAGGCCUGUUUAGAGCCACUUCCACAAAGUUUAUCAUCGCGGUGACCGUAACUAGUACUCUGCUGAUAUUAUACGCGCAUUAG